AGCGACCCACUUAGACAAUAACAACAUACGUGUAGCACAAAGAGGCACAAUUUAGGAGACAUUUGAACACGGUGAAGUACUCCUGUGUCUAAAAGCAUCUGCCUAUUUUCGGCUGGCUCCACUGUGGUGCCGCUCCGUUAUUUUGCCUGUGAGCCCCGGUCGUUGGCUGCACUGCUCUACAAGAGCCAGAAAGUUGGACGACUAUCGGCGUGACUUCUCUUCUACGAAGCAGUCCCAACAAAUGGCUAGAAAUCUUUCCUCCUUUUCUUCAAUCGUUUUUUCGGAGGCUGCCUGGUGCUAGUCCUCUAUCGGGGGCACCACAACCGUGUUGACCACGACCGUGGGUCUUCUCAGGCGGGCGUUUUAGACAAAGCAGAACAGCGCUGCAUACGGGAAAUGCAUGAUACUUGAAGUCGACAAAGUUUUUGAGACCAGACCCAAGCUCCAUGCGUUUGGCGACACUCUAACGCUUCAAAAGGGAGGUAAAGCAAGUUUCUCCUACGCCUGUCCAUUCUCUGUUGAAAAAUGAGGGUCCGGCUGGCGUUGCCGCUGACCCUGGUAUCCUGUGUUGGAACCGUGUCGCCUCCCUUUCACGAUGCAGCUACCUCUGCCAGUGCCCUUCCGACGUUCACCUCUCCCUGGGCACUUGAAAGAGUCUCCGAUUACCGUCCUGUGCAGAUCACCCCUGGCGACUUGCCAUUUCUCCUCAAAACGUCUAUUCUUGAACCCCCUGAGGCGACGGUGGCUGCUGUGGCGAUCAAAGAAACCCUGAAAAGGGAGGCUUUGAUAAAGAAACGCAGAGAGUGGUUUCAAGGAUUGAAAAAGGCUCUCUUCCGCUUGCCAUUCAAAAGGCUGAGGAGGAGAUUAAUGAGGCGAAUGGAGGCCUCCAGAACUGCGACAGCUUCGUUUAAGGCGUUGAUGGGCCACGGUGUCAGAACAGCAGCACUUGGAGGUUACUACGGUUUCGGUGGUCUUUUGAGUGCAAUUGCCUUGCCAUUCCGUGCAAUCGGUUAUACCGUUGCGAGCGGAUUUCACGCCCUGGUGGAUUCCCCCCAGAGAUUCCACAACAUCCGAAUGGCCUUGCUGCGAACUGAGAAGGAGGAGGCCGAGAAAUUCUUGAACACCGAGCUCAGGCAAGCCCAGGAAUCCGACCGAGUAAUGACUCUGAUCGAAAAACUCACCAACGCGAUCCUCACGCAGGUGCUUCCGCCUGAGCAGUUGCGCAUUGACCUGAGAGCGGCCGAUCUACAGUCGCUUCGGGACCAAGUCUCCGUGUUGUACAGUCGGUACAAGGAAGCAGUGAAGCCAAAUCCGAUUCUACGUGCCAUGGCUCAAGGCACCACCGCCCAGUCGUUCAUGGGCCGCAUGCGGAACCGUCUCAGCUACCGGCGUACUGUCAGGAAGAAUGCGGAGGCGCACGUGUUCACCGCUUUCGUGAACGCCGUGAAUAAGGCCUCCCUUUCCGCCGACGGGAGGACGGAGGCCGUAAACACCCGGGUUGAAACGGCAGCGGCACUAAUUGACUUGUUUUUCCAGCUGUGCGACCACGAAGAAAGGGGAAUGAUGAGAGCCACAGAGUUGUUUCUGCAAGUGAACAAGAAAUACCUUGAAGAGGAGACAGUUGCUCAGAUCUCGUCCUCGUUGGCAUCUGCCGUAGUGGCUCAACGCUACGAGAUGGCCGCUCUCCUGCAGAGACUUAGCGAGCGGGAUGGCAAACUCUUGAGUCCCGACGCCAUUCGCCGGGCAUGCAGAGGCUCAGAUAAAUACGUUGACGCGGCCGCGGCACGCGCAGGUUUCCCAACUGCUCUUGACACGCGACUUGAUUACUUUGUCUACAUCUACGAGUCUCGAGACCAGGACCCUGAACUCGAAUUGCAGCGGUGUGUCAGUGCAGAGAAUGUGUACAGACUCGUGGGUCAGAAGAACUUCUUUGUGCCUGGCAACGAAAAUGUAGACCAGCAGCUCACUUUCGAAAUCGGAGACUUCCGGCUUGUCAAGGGCUCAUUUCUCCUGUCUAAGAUCGAGGACCCCACGACAGCCAAGCGGCGACUGCUGCAUGCCGUGGGUGGAUAUCUUUACAACAUGUUGGACUCAGAGUCUGUUAAACAUUUGGUCACGGAAACAUUGUUGGAGAUGAACUAUAUCCCGCUGACGCCAAUUCCGGAGAAAACCACGUGGAGUGUGACUUGGCGCAGAAGGAUUGCAAAGGAACUCGUGAUUGCACCUUCCUGUGUAGUCGCGGCGCUGUCGUCAAGAGUCGACCCCAGAGACCUCCUCAACAUGGAAGGGCUGUCAGACGAGGAGUGGAAAGAACUAUUGGAGCCGUGCGGCUAUGCCCUAGCUCCACGUUCUCGGUUCCAACGGCUCACCGGCAGGAACAAGAAAGAUAACUUCAUCAGAAUUCUAAGGCGCAUGCGCGUGAACUCUGGUACGUUCACUGGCACUCGGCCCAUUCACGACGCGUACUGGAACGCCCUCAAAGUCUACCUUGGCGGCAGCGAUGCCCCUGUCCACGCAGACGGCAUGCCGCAAGAGUUUUUUCGAGAGGACCCGACGUUCGCCUUUCUGAACUCUGUGUUCCAAAAGACUGUGGAAGAGUCGGGGGUCCGUGCCUUCUACGAGGAUGCCGCAGGAGCAGGAAUAGGUCCACCGGCUCUAGUCCCCUUGCAGAUCCAGCCUGUCAGCACUACAGAGCAAUAUUCUCCCUCCAACGCUCCAGAAGCCUGGAGACUGGCCAUGCGGGACCAGUUCAGAAAGUUGACUUCCUCCCCGAACCGAAUUUAUCUUGUAGUCGAGGACGCGGUCCGCAUUCGCGCAUGUAAAGCGCUGAAAAGGCUGAAAAGGCGCGACCAGCUCGAUGCUGCCAUUGUCAAUGAAGUGCUGCGGUACUUUGGGCUCCAGGGGCCUUCGCCGCCGAUCGAUUCUCUUAUCUGUGCCGCGGCGCCGGUAAACGCCCAGGCCGCACUGGGGAGACCUUUCGCCACUGAGGCUUUCGCUACCAGGGGCUCAGCUCCUGACGGAAGCCUGGAAGACCCCAUGGCGGUGUUCCGCAUCUUCAUCGAACGCACACUCAUGCAACUCGACGGCGGCGCCCAACUUCCCUUUAUCACCCGGUUUUUGAUCGAAGGCCAUUCCCAGCUGUUUCAGAUACACUCUCUGAUUGCGAAGGUGAAUGUUGAGACCAUGCGAGGCUACGAGGCUGACAAGCUUUUGAAAUUAGCGCAAGCAGGGGCCAACUCAGAUUUCGGAACCGUUCUGGAGAGCAUGAAGCCCGUUUUCACGAGAAUGUUCGAUGUUGACAUCAUUGGUUUGCGACACAAGAACGGAGCGGACUGCUUUCGUUUUGGAGACCCGUGGGUGCAAACUGGGGGGUGGAGCGCAAAAAACUCGUAUGUUGAAAGCUCGGUGGGAAUAACCUUCGCAGCCCCUUCGUCAGUUUCCCGCGAGGACUGCAUUCCUGGGACGCGUGAUGGCCAGACCUUUUCUGACGCAGUGACCUCUGCUGUGCAUCAGUGGCUUUCUCAAGGCUUUUCGAACAUUCUGUUCAACGCCGCUGUAGACGAACAAGAGGUGCAACCAGCAGAGACUGCAGAACUUAUCAGAGACACGCGUGGGGCAUUCCAGGCCUUGGGUGACACAGCCCGCACGGUUUUCCAAGACAUGCUUCGGAUCCAGAGAAACCCGGCUCUCAUCAGUAGAGCUCGCGAGUUCCUACAAAAGUUUUUUGCAGACCCAUUGAAGCCCCCUCCCGUCGGCACGACUCGCCUCCUCAUGAGCAAAGCGAUUGCCUUGGAGGGAAAGGACGGCCUCUUUGAUGGAUUUCACUCCAACAGUCUGGUCCAGAUGAUAUGGGAAAAGAAGGAUGAGCAAGUUAACACGCCGGCUGAGACUGAAGAUCCGAUAGAACUUGCGUUCAAGUUCUCGCUUUUUGCGAGGAACAUGUCGUCUCGGAGGUCUAUCUCGCUGCCACUCCGCUACACGUCGCCUUUCCCACUCGCAAGCGAACAACAAAUAAAGCGCCACGGGGCUGUGCACCAGUUCUUCUACAACCGUUGGAAAGCACUGCCGGGGUCCAUCAUGUUCUUUGUCACCAUUGGUUCGUUUUCCUGCUUGAUGGGAGGGAUAACCGCUCCUCUCUGUGCAGGUAUUUUCUUCAACUUUGCUCCCUUCUACAGUUCUCAGCUGAUUGGUGUGAUUGGCCUGUUAGCCGGUUCCACCAUCUCACUGGUGAAGUUGUUUAAAUGGUACGUUUAUUCCACUGCUCAGCUUGCCGUUCAACACAUGCUCUGGGGCGCUCUGCAAGUGGUUGUCGGGUCUGCGACAAUGGAACUCAUUGGAGACAGGCCACUCGGUCAGAAGUCCACAAACGCAGACACGGAACGACUCACUGCAAUCGAGGAGAUGAGCACGCCUCUGCUCCAGCCUCCAACCGAUUCCACGAGCUCGAUGGACGAGACGAAAUCCCCGCAGGAGUCGUUGGAAUUGAGGUGAGGUGGACAAGACGUUCGCUAUCCCUUCCGUCAUCGCUCAGACAUCUCCAGAACGAAGUUGGAGAUCGAAUCGUCCUCAUCGUGGGCAUCCGCCGAACGGCCUGUUGCCUGCCUCUGACAAGAAGACGACGUCGGUAACCAGAAUGCGCCCGAACAGGGCAAUCGACAUUCCGUUUUUCUCGACUCGUAUGAAAGAUCGUGUACCUGAAGUGUUCGGGACAAUAUCAGCUCUUGCUCGAUCGCACUCACCCGCUCAAAAAUCGACAUUUUUCCAGACCUUCGAAGACAAGUCGCUCACUG